CUUCCAGGUUACUACUUCUCUUUAUUUGCUUCCUCGACCUCAAUCUCCUUCCUUUAUCCGGUUAUGGAGGUCUGCCAGAAAGACAUUUAAACGCCGUUACGCUAAAAAAAUAAGACAAACUUCCAGUUAGGAACCAGAAGACCAACCUCAUUUUAACAUUUAAUCCAAGAUGCCAGUGGCUGUUGGUCCAUAUGGCCAGACUCAACCCAACUGUUUUGAUCGAGUCAAGAUGGGCUUCAUGAUGGGGUUUGCAGUAGGGAUGGCUGCUGGUGCCAUGUUUGGCACUUUCUCCUGUCUCAGGAUCGGCAUGCGUGGCAGGGAGCUGAUGGGAGGAGUAGGGAAGACCAUGCUGCAGAGUGGGGGGACUUUCGGCACCUUCAUGGCCAUCGGGAUGGGUAUCCGUUGCUGAGGAGGAUGAGGGAUGACGCCCUCCACCUCGUCACAACAUUACAGCUAUGGGACUUUUCCAUUCACUACAACCUCAGCUCACUGUCCACUCGAUGCUGUUGCACUCUCAAAGCCCAGUCUAGUUUUGUCAAUAAAGAUCCAAGAUUUGUCAAAUGGG